GUCCCGGGGCGCGACUGCUUACAUUUAUCGAUUUAAAUCCAAGUUCUCGAUGUGAUGGAGCAAAUGACGGAGAACGGAAUCGUCGAUGAGAGUAACGGGGUAAGGUUAUAUCCGAACGUCGAGACAAACGGAAAUCGCGAGGAUUUUGUACCGGAGAAUCAAUGGGAUGAAAGAAAGGCGGACGAAGACGGGGAGAAAGAGACGUAUGACGUUUACAAAAUGGAUGACUAUCUUCUUUGGAACAAAGAAUCGCCGGAAUACGAAUAUGAGAGAAUGUACGGUGAAUUUGAUGACGAGGGAAUAGAAGAAGAUAGGGAUGUACCAUCUACCGCGACAAUUUUCGCGGCGGAAAAAUCCGAGGAGGAAGCGCGAGAUGCGAGGCCCGAUCACGUGCUCGAUGAGAUACCAGCUGAGAUUUUUAACGAUCGCGAGGAGAUGAUGAAAAAGCAUAAAGAACUGUUAGCCGAGCAUCUGGAAUUGCGAAGGAAAAAUCGGCUUCUCGAGACGUGGAUUCUUAAAUACGUAAAAAAAGUUGAGUAUUUAAACUACAACAAUUAAUUAGCUCUUAUAACACAUCGAGAAGAAAUCUACGGAGGUAAUAAAUUUUACGCGUACGUUUGUUCGAUUUCUAAUUUCCAUUUUGCAUAUCAAUAAAC